AUGCCCUACGACACCGAAGUCUCGACCACCGCCACCGUCUUCGACACUGAAGACGACAACGGCAUCUGGACCUUCGCCGACCUCACAGGCGACGGCUCCCUCGACCUCGUCUACAUCAAGACCCGCGCCACCGACAGCGGCAAAGUCGAGCUCCACGCCGCCAGCCGCAGCUCCGCCUUCCAGGACCGCACCGCCAACACGCCCACGGCCUUCGACGCCGUCGACGAGCACCCCGCGGCCUCAGGACACACCUUCCUGCUGCGCGACUGGACCGGCGACGGCCGCGCGGACCUCAUCCUCGUCAAGACGCGCGACACCCCCGGCGGCAAGGUGGAGCUCCACGUCGCCGCCGCGGACGCGGACUACCAGGCCUACGCGCUGCAGACGGAGACGGUCUUCGACUGCGAGGACGGCGGCGCGUGGACCAUGACGUACCCGCGCGGUAACCACCUCGUCUACCUCAAGACGCGCGACUGCGGGUCCGGGAUGGUGGAGGUGCAUGCGGCCGGCCGCGGGGGCGGGUACCAGAGCCACGACCGCGGCGAGCCGACGGCGUUUGAGGCGGAGGAGAACGGGACGUGGUGUCUUGCGCCGCGGGGCGUGGAUGAUGGGGAGGGCGGCGGUGGUCUUGCGGACUUGUAUUAUGUCAAGACGAGGGAGACGGACUCGGGGGUCGUGGAGGUGCAUGCGGCGACGGCGGAGUCGGGGUGGCAGGAUCGCCCGUUUGGUAUCGUCUCGAGCUUCGCGCCGGGCGAGGAUGGACACUGGGUUUUGGCGGAUUUGAAUGGCGGGGAUGUGCCUGAUUUGGUGUACGUCAAGGUGAGGGAUACCGACAGCGGUAAGGUUGAGAUUCACACCAACGAGGUGUAG